AUGUCUCUCAUCGUCAUAACCGGGGCCACAGGUGUGCAGGGUGGUUCUGUCGCCCGCAUUUUUGCCCAAGCCCCAGCUUGGAAAGUUCGCGGACUGACCAGGAACCCAAGCAGCGAUAAAGCUAAGCAGCUUGAAAGUCUUGGCGUCGAAAUCGUCGCCGCAGAUCUCAAUAAUCCUUUGACUCUACUUGGAGCCUUCAAGGAAAUCGCUCCCAACCAUGGCCUUGAGGCUGCUGAAAAUGACGAGGGACAGCAAUUUAUCAACAUUGCUGAUGCUUGUGCCCAGCUUUCGACUCUCAAUCAUUUGAUUCUCAGUACCAUGCCUAAGUGUAAAGAGAUAUCCAAUGGCGAGCUGCCAUGCCCUCACUGGGAUGCAAAAGCGAGAGGCGGAGAGUACGUCAAGAAGGCUCAUCCCGACCUGGCAGUGAAGACUACCUAUGUGUGGCUAGGGUGCUAUUUAGUAAAUAUGGUCAACCAGCCCUCAAUGUCCCCUCAGCCAUAUUUAGGUCAAUAUAUAUUGGCUCAACCUUCCAAAGCCGAUGCUAUCGUACCUGUGGCUGGAAUUGUCUCUCUCAACACGGGCAUUGUCGUCCAUGCGAUCAUUUCUCAGACGGCAAAGGCGUAUACGAAAUAUGUGCCCAUUGUUAUCAACUUUAUACCAUGGACAGCUGUGGUCGAGGGAUGGAAAAUGGCCAGUCAGUUCAGAUUCAGUGAGCAAUACCCCGAUUGGUACACAUACUAUCCUCAAGAAACCAUAUCUGUCGGCGAUCUUGGAAUUGAAGACGAAGUAUAUAACUUUGUGCGAGGACUUGACUACCUGAAGGACAAAAUCAUAGCCACCACUGUCUCCAAAGCUUAG